AUGAUUGACACGUCAUCACCAAUGUCAUCAACCACACAUCAUACGAAUUCUUCAGCACACCAUCAGCAUCAUAGUGCAGGGAAUGGUGUUGUUGGUAACAGUAGACAAUCGCCAAGUGGUUAUAUAAAUGCGGCUAUGUUGUUUGGGGCACGAACUGGUUUUAAACCUGUGAUGAAAUCAACAUCACCCAAUAAUACAUCAUCUUCGUCUUCGUCAUUGUUUACAAUUGAUAGUAUAUUAUCAACACCAAAUACUAAAUCAACUGGUUCAUUACGACCACAAUUAUCAAAUUCACCACCUACGUCAUCUACGUCAUCAUCAAAUACGGCGUCGGCAACGAAUAAUAAUGUAAUAUCCGGACAUAAUGCAGUGCAACAAGCUGCUGUUGCGACGGCUGCUAUGUUACAUCAUCCUUUAGGACACUUAGGUCAUUUUGCAGCGGCUGCUGCUUCCGGUUUCGCUGGUGCUUCUAGUGCAGACUUUUUAGCAGUAGCGUAUCCCAAUUUUUACCCGGCUGGAUACAUGCAUGCUGUGGCAGCGGCUGCAUCUAUGCAAGCGGCGGCUGUUGCGGGAGCCGCUGCUGGUGGCAAUCCUGGAAGCCUACACCAUCAUCACCAUCACCAUCCACAUCAUGUACCACCACCUAAACGGAAAAGGAGACAUCGAACAAUAUUUACGGAAGAACAGCUUGAACAAUUAGAAGCAACCUUCGAGAAAACACAUUACCCAGAUGUUGUGUUAAGAGAACAAUUGGCAUUAAAAGUUGAUUUAAAAGAAGAACGAGUUGAGGUGUGGUUUAAAAAUCGACGUGCAAAAUGGCGUAAACAAAAGCGAGAAGAACAAGAACGUAUACGAAAAAUACAGGAUGAACGAAAUACGCAUAAUGUGUUAAUAAAAUCUGAAUUUAGCUCAAAUUUAUCACCUACAAAUAAUGAUUUAUUAUCACAGAAAACUACUUCAUUUAGUGAUGAAGCUGAAGACUCAUCUGAUUUAGAAGUAGCUUAA